AAAGAAAAAGAUAAGAGAGACUUACCAGCAUCAGGAAACAGAGCUAAUAAUUGUUCGACAAUUGAAUCUUUCGAAUUAGAGGUAUUAUUUGGGGUCUCUGUAUUCAUUAACGAGUUGAAUAAGCUUCCUUUGCUGAACAUAUUGAGAGAGGAAGCAAGCUAG